UUGUUUAAAACCCGGGUUGUUUCCAGCGGAGCGGGGCAGAGCCGCCGCGGAAACUCCGCGGGGGUGUGGAAAGUUGCGCGGCGGCGGCUCGGCCGCGCCCCGGGCUCUCCCGGAGCAAAUUGUGCGGAGGGAAAACCGGAGCUGAUAACGGCGAGGUUGCGCGGCGGGGAGGAGGCCGGUGCCGGGGAAACUUGGGACUUCGGGAAUACCGAUCCGCGCCCGGAGAAGGAUCAGCGCGGGACAGCCUCGAUGUUUGGUGCUCCCGAGAAUGGGAUUAGGGCGGUUUAUGUUGACGUUUGGCGCUGGAAGGAAUUGGAUUAGGCUUUUUUAAUGCGAAAACAUUUACUGUGAUUUAUUCAAAUACUGCCUGGAUAAGUUUAAAGGAAAAAAAAACCCUUACAUUGGUCUGUAGUUGGGAUUAAGGGAUAAAGAGCUCUGAUCUCUUGUGCCACACUGCAUAAGGCGUCUCGGGUACGUGUCUUUAUAUAGCGUGGCAGAAGUAUAAAGGAGAAAAAAACGGUGCUCGAUGCUGCAAACUCCUCUUACGUGAGGUAUUUGUAAGCUCUCCUGAGCGUCACUCUCUCGCUCCUUCGCUUUUCCUUGUUUUAGCUCGAUUAUACCUUCUUUUUUAGGGUGGGACAGUCUUCUCGGUGAUCUCAGUGAGCAUUUCUAGUUGGCAUUGUAAGAUACGUAAUAAUAAUUAGUAAUAAUAGUAAUAAUAGUUAGUAUAUAGUCCCCAAGGUGACUUGCUGGAUUGUAGUCUUAUAAAAUAAUUACCGAUGCAGUUAAAGCAGAGGAUACGCUUGUCCUCUGCGAUCCAGUUUUGGCCUAAAAUUGGCUGUACGUUGCUCUGCGUGUAAUCCCGUUAAGCCUGAAUGCGUGUGGAAUAGCUCGUGAUUCAUCCUGAGCGUGGACGCGCAAACCGAGCUCCGCGUUUGAGUCGCCUGAGGGAAGCCCAGGACAAACACCAGGCCGGUUGCAUGGAGCAACUUGUCGCGCCGUUCUCGUGGCCGUCACAAGUGAGCCGCAGUGGGAUGAGCCGAUCCCUGACCGACCGGCUUCUCCUGACCUACGGCUGCAUCUCCUUUACCUCAACCACGCUGUUUGUCAGGCCCUGCUCAUCGUUCUGUGUAAAUGAGUUUGGGAUGCUAGAGAUCAUUACCGAAGCCGAAGCAGAAGCCAUAAAAACUCUUUCGGCCUUAGCAGCAAAUGCCAGCCUAGCCAGCCUCGCUCCUGCUGCUGUCGACGCUCCCGCUGCCUCUGGCACUGGUCCGAAAGUGCCUAGAGACAUCGUGCCCCGUUCUGAUUUCCAAGCCCGUAGGCAAAUGGAUGGCUUUGAGAAUGGAAGGUUUGGUGCUCAAACAUGCUCUCAGCAGUACAGGGGCAGUGAUACCAGAGACAUUCCAGAUGGUUGCAGAAACAGGGGAAAUAGUAGAAAUCUUAAUGUCAGCAUUGGCUGUCAGGGGAAUGAGGCUGGCAGACCUGUCAAACGUCUCCGAAGGAAGAGAAGACUGCUUCUGGAGUCUGAGGAGGAGCAGGAAAAUGCAGAUGAGGAUGAGGAGAAGAAUAAAUCAAAUAAUAAGAAAGGCCGCAGAAACACUAAACCAAUAAAACAAGUUGUUCCUGCGAAGAAGAAGGUGUGGAACUGGGUUUCCUACUUAGAAGAGGAACGGAUGCCAGCUGCUCCCCCAAAACUCUUCAGAGAGUAUCAAUCGUUCCCACAAGGCCGAAAUGGAUUUAAAGUCGGAAUGAAAUUAGAAGGGCUGGAUCCUGAACACCCAUCUCAAUUUUGUGUCCUUACUGUGGCAGAGGUACAAGGGUAUAGAAUGAGAUUGCAUUUCGAUGGCUAUCAGGAGUGCUAUGACUUCUGGGUCAAUGCUGAUUCCUCAGACAUCCAUCCUGUCGGCUGGUGUGAAAAAACGAGUCAUAAGCUGCUCCCUCCUAAAGGUUUCAAGGAAGGAGAAUUUAAUUGGACUUCCUAUUUGAAGAAUUGCAAAGCUCAAGCAGCUCCAAAAAGCCUUUUCAAGACCCUCAGCACACCUGUCAUGCCAUCUGGUUUUCGUCUGGGAAUGAAACUAGAGGCAGUGGACAAGAAGAAUCCGUUGCUGAUGUGCGUCGCAACCAUCACUGACAUGUGGGAUAACCGCCUGCUGAUUCAUUUUGAUAACUGGGACGAGAAUUAUGACUACUGGUGCGAAGCUAGCAGCCCAUGUAUUCGUCCUGUUGGUUAUUGCCAAGAAACUGGAACCCCACUGACAACACCACCUGGAUACAAGGAUUCCAAAGCCUUCUCAUGGGAGAAGUAUUUAGAAGAAACUAAUUCUCAGGCAGCCCCAGCAAGAGCAUUCAAACUGCGUCCUGCUCAUGGAUUUCAAGUUAAUAUGAAGCUAGAGGCUGUGGACAGAAGAAAUCCCAUCUUGAUAAGAGUGGCAACAAUAGUUGACAAAGAUGACCGUCGUAUCAAGAUACAUUUUGAUGGUUGGGACUAUAAUUACGAUUUCUGGGUCGAUGCGGACAGCCCUGACAUUCACCCAGUAGGCUGGUGUGCAAAGACUGGACAUGCUUUGCAGGUCCCACUAGGUGCUGUUGGUCCAGUGGGAACAGCGGGACAAACAUGUCCUACUCCAGGCUGUCACGGUAUCGGCCAUGUCAAGGGACCACGAUAUGGAACACAUUAUACGUUAGUUGGCUGCCCAUAUUCUGAAGUGAAUCUCAACAGAGAAAACUUGUUACAGGACCGUCUGAGUGGGGAGAAACCCUCCCCUAGCCACAGCAUUCAGAAAAGCAAGAGGCCAGAUACAGCUGCUCCAUUUCUAGGGGGAGCAGGAGAGCCUUCCCAGGAGGACUCUCCACUCUCCAGAAAAUCUGCGCAAGGCGGUGAAAAAUCAUGUCAAAGCAGCCUUCAGAGUCUGUCGGAACAGUCUGGAAACAGUCAGGAGAAAGACUCAGUAGAAGAGGAAUCCUCUGCAGCCAGCAAAGCCAAACCAAAAAAGCUUGGGUGCUCGCAUGCCUAUAUAAAGUUACAGCUGGUGAAACAGGAAGACGACGGAAAAGAGCCUGACUUUGAUCUCCAGCAGGCCCUCCACCAGUCCAUCUUCAUGCCUUCCCUGUCCUCCAACCCGAGCCACCGCCUCCACCUCUGCUGGGAGCAGCACUGCAAGCUCUUGCCCGAGGUCUCGGGCCUCACAGCCAAGCACGUGGCCAAAUGGACAGUGGAAGAGGUGGCAAGCUUUAUCCAGCGUUUGCCUGGCUGCAAAGAACAAGCAGCUGUGUUCAGGGAAGAGCAGAUAGAUGGAGAGGCCUUUCUACUCCUGAACCAGACCGACAUGGUUAAAAUACUCGGUAUCAAGCUGGGUCCUGCCCUGAAAAUCUACAAUGCCAUCCUCAUGCUCAGGUCUGCAGAAGAGCACUGAGAAGAGCCCUUUGCCAGAGCCCCAGAAGGAUUUACAGGGAACAGAUCUUCAGCUGAGAGCAUUACUAAGUGCCGAACAGGCAGAUUGGAACUUGGACAUAUUUUAAGUAGAACUUGUUAUAACUAUUUUGAGGACAUAAACAUCCUGCCACAAUCUGGAAUAUGGGGCAGCUUCACUUCCAAGAAGAGGAGAUUAUUAUAUUUUGUAAUUGAAUUUGGUUUUGAUAUAUCAAUCUCUUUUUGAGAUCUAGAAGAAACCUCCAGUUGUAAGGGGAAAUCCAGCGUAACAUUGGUGGAGCUGCAAUAGCGAGAAAAAGCUAUGAGUAAAAUGACUGCUGUGUCCAAUGAGAGUGCCUGAAAGAGAGACUGAAUUAUCACCAGCAUGUUUAAUAUAUGUAUAUGUACAUAUGUAUGUAUAAAAACUCUGAGAAAGGAGACUGAGAAAAUAGGAAACGUAUGCACUUCAGAGCAACUCACCUGUAUCCUUCAGAGCUACGACUCAAGAGCUGACAUUUUCAAGACUGAUUUUUAAAUUCCAUUUUUUCCUGCUGAUCUUACUAGUUCAAAUACUCUUGGCUAAUGGACUGCUUGCACCACACCAGAAAGGUACCACGGGCAAAGGGUUUCAUCAGUGACGGCUUACAUUAUUUCUGGUAACAAGUAAGACUUUCUCAUUCACGCCACCAGACGGUUGGAGGAGAGAGCCCUGUCCUUGGAUGGGCUUGGAGUAAGCAGAGACCUCUCAUAAACGCAUCUCCCACAAGAGGCAAAGAAAAAUAUUCCUAGCUCUAGCUCUCCCAUCAGUGCUUUUGGGCCAUUGCCAUCUAGACCAUGAACACCUCAUGGCAAAAUGAGACGAUCAGGCGCACUUGAGAGUUUGCUGGGUUCAUCCAGACUCUCUUCACCAUCAGUCAGUUGCUAGGAGCAGCCCAAGUUGAAAACCCAGCCGUGGCCAGCAUAUGCGUACAGAUGCAAACAGAUGUCCUAAACAAUUUGCUUUUAUUUCCUACAGUUUGAAACGUAAGGACAGCUAGUGCUUUGGCCUUCAUGGCCUCCAAGUGGACUCUGGUCUGUUCUGCCGACGAGAUGGCGUGCUUUAGCAGCAGGGCACCAGGUCCUCCGCGUCUCUAGUUUCGAGUCAGGCAGAACAUGAAGGGAAGGCUGACCAGAGGGGGAUCAGGAUUCGAACAGGCAGCAAAACAAGGAAUGAUCCUCAAAAGAGAGCUAAUCUAUUUGUAUCCGAGAGGAAGCGAAGCUCUGCUGCCCUGCAUGUAGGUAGCAAUCUGUGCGCUUUGCUGGCAGCAGAAGAGCGCUAGUAUUUCCUGCUCCUGUGGAGGUCAGAGCACGGUUUUAUGAGCAUGCAUCCAGGACUGGGCUGUCCCGGGUGAGGGACUUCUGUCCCAUUGCUCCCAGAGUCCUCCUCCUACCCUGGAAGCACUGGGGGAAGGGUCAGCACUUUGGGGGCUCUGUUUAACGUUUCCUUUUGUGCCCGGCAGCACGUGAGGCUGCGACUCUGUCUCUGGCCGUUCUCCUUGUUAGAUAUUUGGCUGUUCUGGGGCUUAGCUGGAGUCACCUUAGCCAGGUAUGCCUUUCCACCGCUUCGUACGAAGCUGCCGAGGUGAAACCUCUGUGCGUGAACGAGUGGACCCUUCUGCAUGCCGUGAGUGUGCUUCUGCUGUGUUGCCAAAGGUGGGUGAGCUGUCCGAAUCCAGCCCAGGUUGCAUGAAUUUCUCAGGGCAUUGCAUGAUGCAGGUGUGACCCAUCCAUCCACAGAUGCCUCAGACUCCCUCCCGUUCUUGGCAUCUUUAUCCCUAACGUUGUUGCCUUAGUCCCAGUCCUGCAGCUGCUCUACCAGCUGUGGUGAACCGAGAAUGAACACGCUCUACGUGAGGGUGGGAUGAGGCAAGGAAUACGCUUUGUCUUCCUUCCCUCAUCUCUCCAUGUCCUUUGUCCAACCUUUCAGUUUCUGAGAAGGUCCUUGUGACCUUCCUAAAGUAAUAAGUCCCUUAAAAUUGUCGAUAGAGCAGAAUCCGAGCUGCUGAAUGCAUUCAGUCCUGGAUUAACAUAUGGAGCAGUUUGUCUCCAUACUUUCUAUUUUUGUAUAAGAAGUUAAGGAGUUUAAGCCUUCCACAGAGAAGAUAUAGGAGUGGUGGGAUAUUUAAUAUCCAAAAUACUAAAUAACAGACAGUUCACUGCAUAGGUAGCUGCAGGAGAGUUUAGUAAUUUAAUGCAGGCUAGACAAGAUAUGGAUUUAAUUUAUUAAAAUAUAUUUCUAAUAUGAUAACAAGGAUAUUUGCCAAAGAGUCACAUUCCUUUAUCCCGCUCAGAGCAUCCCGAGUCCGUGCAAAGACUGGAAUUGCAAGCGGCACGACCUGGGCUCUGACACAAUUCACCUUCUAGGCAAAGCAGCGUUUUUUCUCGACAACUGGAGCAGAGCAUCGGUAGCCAGACUGCUCCGUUGUGGGCUCUCCGCUGCCUUGCUAAAUAACCCCCAGCCCUUCUUUGCUCCAGUUUCCCCAUCUGUAACAGCCUGCCAGGUGGAGGGGCUUGGAGAUCUUCAGCAGCUGAUGUUUGAGUGCAAUUUCACUUUGUUCUCGUUUCCAGUAAGCAGGUCCUGCUGGAUUUUCUAUUUUACCUCCUUCCUCUGGGAGACUGAGUUGGGGACAGCAGGUUGCCUCCAGCGAAAAAAGCCAAAAUAAAAUAUUUCAUCUUUUUUUUUUUUUUUUUUUGCUAUAUAUAGAUAGAGGGUGAAGAGAUCUGGUGAAACAAGCAGUGAAAUUCCAGUCACUGAAAUUAUUCAAACAGCACAGAGAUCUUUAAUCCUAGGGGCUUCCAAGCCAGCUGGAUCGAAGAAGAAAAUGUGUACUUGGAGUUUUUUCAGUUACAGCAGUGGCGGUGCUUUCAGCAAGGGGGAAGGGAGGAAACCUUUUAGGGAUAGAAAAAGCAAGAAUCUGCUUCUUGUGCCUUUUUGUUAAUCUGAUAAUUGUCUAAGCAAGAGUGUGCACAGAUCUAUAGUAACUCUUCUUCCAAAAAUUGCUUGAUUUUAUUAAAAUAUAGCUACUUUAAAGUAAUGCAAAGGCAAAAAGAUUUCCAGUGUCUUCACUGGACAAGUUUAAAAUUUCCUAAUAUUUACAAGGAAAAAAACCCUCAUGUUUUAGCCCUGACUUUGCCCAUGACUUAGGAAUUCACCGGGUGCUGGUGCUAUUUUGCUUGCACCAGCGAGCCCCGCUUUCACGUGCGGCUCGGUGACUUGUUUCUCUCCGGACUUGACAAAAAUUUGCCUUUUUUUCCAGCCCUAAUCAAGGGCUGUAUUUCAGCAAGGGGUCUGCAGAUGCCUUUGUUUAAUGCCUUCUUGUCUGAUUCGAAACACACGCUUCGAAGCAGAAAGCCAGAAGCUGUGGCUGUGUAUUGUACAGAGCUGAAACUGGUUAAUGCCACUUGGUUUAGGAGGUUUUCACAAUCGGCUAAAUAUCAGCAUACACCAGCUGUGGGCUCAGCUGAACCCAACAGUCACUUAGAAAACAAAUUUAUUACUUAAAAGCAAGGCAGAAUUGUGAAAACUUCCCAUGGCCAAGCAGUGCAAUUGAAAAGUCUCAGUUCCAGAUUAAUAUGUGUCUUAUUCCUGUAUGUGUUCUUUAAAUCCAAAAUGGUCGGGUUUUUUCCUCCUUUUCUCUUUGCUCCUUAGUAGAGAGUCCUGCUAAAAUUUGUCAGUGCCAUCACGAAUGAUCAGCCUUGUAAUCCUGGAGCAGCAAAUUCCUGCUCCAGGUAACGAAUCGCAUUAAAGUUGGGCGGAAGCAUUCGGCAGCACUGAUAGCGAAAUUUUACAACCAAAGGAAAAAAAAAAAAGCAGCCAGGGGAUAAGCCAGUUCAGCUGUAGAAGAUUUCCUGCCUGCUACUUUCAUGCCCUGCUUAGGGGCUUAUACCACAGAGAGCUUUAAAGUUUUUGACGUUCUCUCCAUCAUGUGAUGAGCUAGCUUAUUUUUGAAAUUCCUAUUACUUGAACUGGAAACAUGUGCAGGGGCAGGGAGAGCGCGUCCACUGUCUUGUUUCAGCGUUUGAAAUGUUUGCCUGCUUUAAACCAAACAAAUACUUGAGCUUUUUGACGCUAGCCACAAUGUUGCGCUCCACCAAUGCUUUCUUCUGGAAAAUGUGAAUAAAAUUAAUAUAAGUUUGAA